AUGCCAGGUCCCACCCAAGCACUGUCCCCAAAUGGAGAGAAUAACAACGACAUUAUACAAGAUAACGUAACCAACAUCAUUCCUUAUAGGAAAAAUACUGUUCGAGGAGAACGCGCCUACAGUUGGGGGAUGGCGGUCAACGUGUAUUCUACCUCAAUAACCCAGGAGACCAUGAGCAGACAUGACAUUACGGCCUGGGUCAAUGAUCUUCUCUGUCUAAACUACACAAAAGUGGAGCAGCUUUCUUCAGGAGCAGCGUACUGUCAGUUCAUGGAUAUGCUCUUUCCUGGCUGCAUCAGUCUUAAGAAGGUGAAGUUCCAGGCCAAACUGGAGCACGAGUACAUUCAUAAUUUCAAACUGCUGCAGGCUGCGUUCAAGAGGGUCAAUGUGGACAAGAUAAUUCCGGUGGAAAAGCUUGUUAAAGGGCGGUUUCAGGACAACCUUGACUUUAUCCAGUGGUUUAAGAAGUUCUUUGAUGCCAAUUAUGAUGGGAAGGAAUAUGACCCCAUUGAGGCAAGGCAGGGGCAGGAUGCCAUCCCCCCCCCAGACCCCGGGGAGCAGAUCUUCAACCUGCCCAAGAAGUCCCAUCAUGCCGCCAGCUCCCCCACCGCAGGAGCUACCAGGUCAUCCAGUUCAACCCCCAAAUCCUCCACGCCAACCUCCCGCCCCUCCUCAGCCAAAAAGAUCCCUGUGACCUCCUCGACCCCUGCCAAGGGAGAGAGGGAGCUGGAGGCUCAGGUCACACAGCUCAAUGAACAGUUGAACACGUUAAAGCUGGCGUUAGAGGGGGUGGAGAAGGAGAGAGACUUCUACUUUGGGAAGCUCCGUGAGGUGGAGCUGCUGUGUCAGGAGCAGGGCCAGGAGAGCUCGCCGUUUGUGGACAGACUGAUGGAAAUCCUCUACUCCUCAGAUGACCAGGAGGGAGGUGGAGAGGAGCCAGAUGCGCGUGUGCAGGAGGAGGAGGUUCCUGAGGAGGAGCAGGAUGAGUACUGAACAACAGUAAGAUCUGCCCUGCGUCGUGUGAGAACUGCCAUUGAGUUCAGUCGAUUCUGAUUGGGUUUUUUUUCACCCCUCAUUUUGAUUGGCUUAUUCUUUAGAGGAUAGAAGACACUAUGU